AUGCCGGUUUUUGUGGAGGACCCGUCACAACUCUCCAAAGCGAGGCUAAAGUCGGAUUUAAUCGCCCACAAUGUAGCGCUGCCACCUGCGCACAGCAGAAAGGGAACGUACGUGGAUCUCCACGAGAGGCACGUGCACCAGAACACACACGCAGACUUCUCCAGCGACGAAGAGCUGGAAGCAGACGAUGAGGUGUCGAAAGAGGCAAAAAUAUUGGACCCUAGCAGUUUGACAGACGACGGCCUGAUCUCUGCUCUUCUGCAACAUGGGGUGAAAGCAGGACCUGUCGUUGCCUCCACGAGGGCUGUGUAUGAACGUAAACUCCGAAACCUGCUUUUGUCCAAUGGCCGCGGCGAUGUGACCGAUGAAGCAAAUGGGGCAGAUGAAGCUGCGCUGUAUUCGGACAGCGAGGAUGAUGAGGAGGAGGAGGAGGAGGAGGAGGAAGAGCAGGAAAAGCCAGUCACUGAAGAGGUCCAAACCCAGACAGAACCAGCUGAACAGACUCUUCAGGACACACAGGAACCUGUUGAAGAGCCGGUUCAAGAAAGAUUUAAGGAGUUGUUAGCUGACACACCAACAGGAAUAUAUGCAACUCGACGCAGACCAAUCAAAGGUGCAGCAGGUCGGCCUGUCCAGUACGUCUACCCUGACAUCCCGCUCAGCCCCACCACACUGGAGCGACAGGAGGUGGAGAGACGCCUGGUGCCCCUCCAUAUCCAGAUCCUGGUGUUUUUCAUUGUGGCUAUCAUCAUUUAUGGCAUUUAUGUUUUUAUGGAGGACUAUUCUUUUAAUCCGCUGUUGGCCUUGAUAGAUUUCCUUGAACCGGGAUUAGACUCCGAUGAGACUGGAACACAAGCGGUGGAAGAAUUUUUAGAAAUAGAGUAA